CUCAUUCGGCACGAACGACUGAGCCAGCCCCAGAACCAACAAUUGCACUUUCUCGCUCUGACAUACGUGCUUCCUUUGAAGCUUAUGAGCAACUAUUAAGCUCUGCAAAGAUAUAUCGCAAUCAAAUGAUAGCGCUCGCACAAGCUGCUGCUGGUUUCGGUCAAUCAUUGGAAAGAUUAGCUCGUUGUAAAGGAGCAUUUGACACUGCUGCGGCUGGUUUGCAUUAUUUAAUGUCAAAUCAUCAACAAGUUCUGAGUGAUGCUUUUUACAAAAAAUUUGAGAUUCCUCUAUUAGAAAAUCUUGAUGUCCAUAAAGCAACAAUUAUUGCGAGUGAGGAAUGUUAUGACAAGUCAUUAGCGGAAAUGAGUAAACGUAUCAAGGAAACUGAAUCUGAGAAUUUACGUUGCGGUCGUAAACGUCAAAGGGAUCUCACCCAAUUUCGUAGAGCCCUUCAAGAUUUGACUCGACAAGUAGAAGAUCUAGAUAGAUUGAAAACGGACUAUUACAGACAAACCUUAGAUACAGAGCAAAAUAAUCUUAAUUUUAUCCUUUCUAAAGUUUCAACAGUGAUCAGGGCUGAAGUUGAUAUUUAUGAAAGAAUCUCCAAUAAAGGAAUGGCAACACAGGGAUCUGAUCCUUUUAGUGCAUAUCCUAAUGCAGAAUCUUCAUUCAGUAUACUUUCUCCAAUUUCAAUUAUUAACCCCAUUCCGGAAAUCUCCAGUGCAACCACAUCAUUAAUAACAACAGACAUGUCUGCCGAGGAUAAUUACAGUAGAAGCGAUCGACAAGUAUUAACAAAAAAGGUGGAUGAACAAAAUGAGCUAAAUAAUGAUGAUGAAAAUGAUGAAAUACCUCAUGACGGAUCCUCGCGUAACGGAAACUCUCACGACGAAGAGAAUGAUCAGUUUGAUAUUGGGUCAGAUACUCCUUCAAUAGGUCGUCAUUUCGAUCCUUCUCUCAAUUCAACUUUUCAUAUUUCAGAUGAUGCCGAAAUAUUACACAAUAAAGAAUUUACAUAUGAAGUUGAAGAUUGCGGUUCUGAGGGUGGUUUCGUAAAUAAUUAUCCUAAAUACGAAAAUACGCAUGAUACUCAAAAACUGGAAUUUUCACGAACGGAUGAUGAAUCCACAAUAUCCAAUAAUAAUAAUUCAGCAUAA